AUGGUGGCAAUACCACACUGGGCAGACCAGCCGACCAUAUCAAAAUACAUGGAGAGCAUGUGGGGCUUGGGUGUCCGGGUGCGCAGAGAUGAGAAAGGCUUGGUGACGAGGGACGAAGUGGAAAAGUGCAUCAAGGAUGUUAUGGAUGGGGAUAGAAAGGAUAAGUAUAGGAUGAAUGCCACUAUGUGGAUGCAAAAGGCCAAGGAAGCCAUGCAGAAUGGAGGGAGCUCGGACAAGAAUAUUACUGAAUUCGCGGCAAAGUAUUCAUCAAAUAAGUUUUCAAAGAUAGUGCAUUAG